GUGUGGUGAGCGAGCGAGAGCGUCAGGAUGCCGCUGGUCAAGCGCAGUAUCGAGCCUCGUCACCUGUGUCACACAGCUCUGCCACACAGCAUCAAGAACGAGCUGGAGUGUGUGACCAACAUCUCUCUGGCCAACGUGAUCCGUCAGCUGAGCAGCCUGAGUAAAUAUGCGGAGGAUUUGUUCGGCGAGCUCUUUAAUGAAGCUCAUUCUUUCUCAUUUCGAGUGAAUUCGCUUCAGGAGAGAGUCGACCGCCUGUCAAUCAGCGUCACUCAACUCGACCCCAAAGAGGAGGAGUUGUCUCUUCAGGACAUCACCAUGAGGAAGGCCUUCCGCAGCUCCACCAUCCAGGACCAGCAGCUGUUUGAGCGUCAGUCUCUUCCCAUCCCCAUGCAGGAGACAUACGAGCUGUGCGAACAACCUCCGCCGCUGAACAUCCUCACACCCUACAGGGAUGAUGGGAAGGAAGGGCUGAAGUUCUACACCAACCCGUCGUACUUCUUCGAUCUGUGGAGAGAGAAGAUGCUGCAGGACACAGAAGACAAGAGGAAAGAGAGGCGGAAACAGAAGUUGCAGGAUCCCCACAUGUACGAUCAGGUCUAUAAAUAUCUAGACCUUCCAGUGCAGCAGAAGAAUAUGGACCGCCCUCAAGAUCUGGAGAAGAUCCCGCGAGCGCCUCACGACCGCAGGAAGGAGUGGCAGAAGAUGGCUCUGGGAGCGGAGCUCGCCGAAGAAGAGGACAAACACAGAGACGCCAACGGAUCGGCAGCCUACCACGAGCACAGGCAGAUGUACAUUGAUAAUCUGGACGGGCCGUUCUCUCUGGCCGCGCUGCCGUAUUCUCAGAUGAACGAAUUCCUGAACCGUACGGGAGAGAGAAACUACGGCCGCCCGCAUGAGCCACCACCACCACCACCAACCUACCCCCCCGACACCAAACCAGCCUCCGUUAUCAGCUCCAGCUCAGGUUUCUCGGACAGCAUCACGCAUUCUCCUGCUCGCACGCCUGUCUAUGGAAUGGUUUUGCCGCCGCCUCCCCCUCCUCCUCCUCUGCCCCUCCCAGGAAACAGAAGCUCCUCCCCCUGCUCAUCCUCAGGCCCGCCCACCAUGCCUUCCUUCCCAUCAGGAGCCGUUUCGUCGCCGCCCACUCACUCGGGUCACGAGGUCAAGCGGUAUCCAUCCAACCUUCCGCCAAUCAGCGACGCCCGCAGCGUUCUAUUGGAGGCCAUCCGUAAAGGGAUCCAGCUGAGGAAGGUGGAGGAGCAGCGGGAACAAGAGGCCAAACACGAGCGCGUGGGGAACGACGUGGCCACAAUCCUGUCGCGCCGCAUCGCGGUGGAGUACAGCGACUCCGAAGACGAGGACGAGUUCGACGAGGUCGACUGGAUGGAAUGAGAGAAAGACGAACGUCACGGGAUCAAGAGUUUCAUGAAAUCUCAGCUAACCUUCUUCCCAAUAACAGUUUUCCCACAAACACUCUCCGAUCAGUCGCAGUCUAAUUCAGGAAACAUCGGGACUGCAGACGACUGUAUUCCAUGUUCCCAGAAUGCUUUGCUUUAAUGUUUUUUAACCACUUGUUGUGCAGUUGAUGAAUGAAAAUAACCAUGUUGGGGUUUUUUUAUCUGUCAUAUUUCUUUCAUUUGAAUUCGUCCGUCUUUUAUUCUCAAUAGGAACAACAAAAGCGGUUGGUUUGUUGUUAUAGUUCAGCGUGAGAGACGACAGCGGCCUCUUCUGGUCACGACAGGAACGUCUCAAUGUGUCAUAUCAGAAUGUGAAGGAUGAUUAUUAUACUUUCUAUAUAUCAUCUAAACCGUUCUUCCAUUUCAGAGAUGUGAUGUUUGAUGUCAUUUUGUGCUUGUGAUGGACAAAGUCAAAGGAAAAAAAUGAAGGAACGUUUUUAUUAACUUGUCAAGAUGACUUAAAAUACACGAGUGAAUCUCUUGUCCAGGUUAUAUUUCACCUCACAAUGAAAAAUUUUACAAAAUUAAUUAAAAAAUUUAA